AUAAUGUAAACUUCCUUCUCUAAUGAGCAAUAAGCAGUUCCAUCUUUCACGGCCUUUUAAAAUUGCUUUUAGUAAGGGGCUGGAUUGUUUUAAUCCUUUUCAGUAUGUAAAGCCCCAGAUAUUUCAAUCCCUUAGGGCCUCACUUAUUUCAUAGCUCCCUUCCUUUGAAAAGGCAGAGGAAAACAGCUUUCAGAACCUGACGGAAUCUGUGACUGAUAAAAUUUAGGUUUUGUUUUUUUUUUUUAUCCUGAAAGUGACCCAAAAGUGUCAGUUAAGAAAAAGAUCUCUGGCAUCCCACCCUGUGGAUUAGUAGCAAACAGGCAUAUCAUCUAGGUACAGUAGCUCUUUGUACUCUGACCUACUUGUUUCUGUUCUGGUUUGUUCCUUCUUGAAAGGUUAUUUGGAAGAGAUGCAGAAUUUGCUCCAUAAACAGCUAAAGCAGUAUCACCUGCCUCAGGAAGGGUUUCCUUUUGAAAUGGGCCCUGGCACAAUGGGGUUGCCAACACCUAAAACGUUCUGCUCUGCUGCAUAAUCAGAAUGAAAACCCAACAAAUCAGAUAGUUUUUUCUGAAGGAUGCUUUUCCCAAGGAAGGGCUAAGAGAGCUUUUUCUGGGAUCAGGCUGGUUUUUGUGGGGUGUGCUACUGAAUUCACCUCAAUCACAUGAUUUUCACAUGGUCAGUAAUUAAUUGUCCCUGUUGUCCUGUAUCCACCAAGCACUGCUGCUGCUGCACUGUGUGUGUGCAUAGCAGUUAACUGAGCUGUGUUUUCUUUUUCCUUAGAUAUUUCCAGAAAGUGCCUCAAGGAAGCUUCCUUAUGUAGAAAAACCCCACAAGAAGCACAGUGUGAGCUUCCUGGCAACUUGUGAAGCAAAGCUGUCACAAUGGCAGAAAACAAGGACAGCAGUGCGAAAAACGCGGAUGUGAGGCCCAAAAGCAGCCGGAGCAGAAGCGCAGACAGAAAGGAUGGGUAUGUCUGGAGUGGGAAGAAACUCUCCUGGUCCAAGAAAAGUGAGCACUGUCCUGAUGCUGAAACAGCAAGUGCUGCAGGAAGGUCGGGGACUAAUUUAAGGAGCCAAGAGAGGAAGUACAGCUGCUCAUCCAUCGAGCUGGAUCUAGACCGGUCCUGUGGCCACAGGUUUUUGGGCCGGUCUCUCAAACAGAAGCUGCAGGAUGCUGUGGGUCAGUGUUUUCCCAUAAAGAACUGCAGCAGCCGGCACGCCUCCGGUCUGCCAUCCAAAAGGAAAAUCCAUAUCAGCGAGCUGAUGCUGGAUAAGUGUCCUUUCCCUCCGCGCUCGGAGCUGGCUUUCCGCUGGCACUUGAUCAAAAGGCACACGGCCCCUAUAAGUCCAAAGGCAGAAGAGUGGAUAAUUGCUGAUUUAUCCCAGCACGAGGAAAGGGAGGAUCAGCUGCGAGACGAGGACGUUGCCAACGGGGGAAUGGACUCUCCCUCCCCGUCCUGUGACUUCACGGACAGCAGUUCCUCUCGGGGUGAGCCGAGGCCUGAGCUGGUGACAGGUAAGGUGGCAAGGAGCAGUAGAGAUGAGAGCGACAUGGACUCGGAUGAUGAAGUCGUAACUCUGUGCACAAGUUCUCGAAAACGAAACAAGCCCAAGUGGGAAACGGAUGACGAGCUGCUACGGAUGGAAACGCCCCCGAAAUACCACACCCAGAUCGAUUAUGUCCACUGCCUAGUGCCAGACCUCCUCCAGAUCAACAACAAUCCCUGCUACUGGGGAGUCAUGGAUAAAUACGCAGCUGAGGCGCUGCUGGAAGGAAAGCCAGAGGGAACGUUUCUGUUGAGAGACUCUGCCCAGGAGGACUAUUUGUUCUCCGUGAGCUUCAGGCGCUACAGUCGCUCCCUCCACGCCCGGAUAGAGCAGUGGAAUCACAACUUCAGCUUUGAUGCCCAUGAUCCCUGUGUCUUCCAUUCUCCUGACAUCACGGGACUCCUAGAACACUACAAAGAUCCGAGUUCCUGUAUGUUCUUUGAACCACUUUUAUCCACUCCCCUGAACAGGACCUUUCCCUUCUCUCUCCAGCAUAUAUGUAGAACGGUCAUUUGCAACUGUACAACUUACGAUGGUAUCGAUGCACUUCCCAUUCCUCCCUCGGUGAAGCUGUAUCUGAAGGAAUAUCAUUAUAAGUCAAAAGUUAGAGUGCUCAGGAUUGAUGUACCAGAGCAGCAAAGCUAGAAAAUAUUUUUGUGAAAGAAAUUUUCUCUGAACAGACAAUAGUAUGUUCAAUCUCUUUUCCUUCUAGGUUUUUUGGUUUUUUUUUAAAAUAGCAACUUGAUUAUUUUUUUCCUUUUUCUGCGUAUUAUUUACCACCCAAACUAGUCGCUGUUUAAAUGUACUUUUGAGUCUUCACAGCUCUCUUUUUUAGAAAUUAUAUUCAUUGUGGGCUUUUGGAACAGUCCCUAGGCUAGAGUUUUAUGGAAUUCCAGGUAGGCUUUCUGGUAUUUCUCUAGAUGGAUAGUCAUUAGAUCUAAAACCCCCUGAAAAUCAGUUUUGAACUCGAUCUGUCUUUUCUAUUGUAGUUGACACGUGUUGCUGACAUGAUUUAAAUAAUUCACUGUUAACUAAAGAUUGACUCAUCUGUAUUUUCUGCAUUUCUUUUAAAAUGAGUGCUCUAGC